AUGAAAAAGACGCAACAGCUACACACUGAAGAUGGAAAGGCGUCUCCACCUUUCACAGAGCCCACGGAGAAGACGCUGCACGGAAGCAGUGGGGAAGAACGGCAUGAACAAAUCGCAGAGAAAUUUUCUGAGGCCCCAAAGGAAGACGUCAAACGGCAACCCAUUGCCAUGAUGUCUAAACUAAUGAAACACAGUCGCCACUUCCAAACAUGCAAAACAGCAGCGGAAUCACCGUCGAACACGGGUGAAAACGCCCAAACUCAGACCAAAGAGAAGGUUGAAGUCCCAGAGGUCAUUGUAACUGGGGCUACAUCCGAAAUUGCACAGGGAACGCCAGUAUGUAACGACCAGCCCAACUUACCACAGUCUUCGGAUGGAAUCCGAGGUGUUGAAAACUCGAAAACUGCAGAAAUGCCUCGACACACAAUCAAAAAACACGAAAAAAAGAAGACUAAAAAAUCUUUAAUGAAGAGAAAGCUUAUGAAAGAAAUGGCAGAGAAACCAGCUGCACUUAAGCAGGCUGAGGAAGAGGCUGCACUUAAGCAGGCUGAGGAAGAGGCCGCACGCAAGCAGGCUGAGGAAGAGGCAGCACGUAAGCAGGCUGAGGAAGAGGCCGCACGCAAGCAGGCUGAGGAAGAGGCUGCACGCAAGCAGGCUGAGGAAGAGGCCGCACGCAAGCAGGCUGAGGAAGAGGCUGCACGUAAACAGGCUGAGGAAGAGGCUGCACGCAAGCAGGCUGAGGAAGAGGCUGCACGUAAACAGGCUGAGGAAGAGGCCGCACGUAAACAGGCUGAGGAAGAGGCCGCACGCAAGCGGGCUGAGGAAGAGGCUGCACGCAAGCGGGCUGAGGCGGCUGCACGCAAGAAGGCACGUGAAGAAGCUGAGCGAAAAAGGGCCGAAGAAGAGGCCGCACGGAAAAGAGCUCGAAGACAAGCGCGGGAACGGGCAAAGGAAAUUGUGAAGCAGAGGCGAGCUAAGGAGGAGGCCGCACGUAAGCAGGCUGAGGAAGAGGCCGCACGCAAGCAGGCUGAGGAAGAGGCUGCACGUAAGCAGGCUGAGGAAGAGGCUGCACGUAAACAGGCUGAGGAAGAGGCAGCACGCAAGCAGGCUGAGGAAGAGGCUGCACGUAAACAGGCUGAGGAAGAGGCAGCACGCAAGCAGGCUGAGGAAGAGGCCGCACGCAAGCAGGCUGAGGAAGAGGCUGCACGUAAACAGGCUGAGGAAGAGGCCGCACGCAAGCGGGCUGAGGAAGAGGCCGCACGCAAGCGGGCUGAGGCGGCUGCACGCAAGAAGGCACGUGAAGAAGCUGAGCGAAAAAGGGCCGAAGAAGAGGCCGCACGGAAAAGAGCUCGAAGACAAGCGCGGGAACGGGCAAAGGAAAUUGUGAAGCAGAGGCGAGCUAAGGAGGAGGCCGCACGUAAGCAGGCUGAGGAAGAGGCUGCACGUAAGCAGGCUGAGGAAGAGGCCGCACGCAAGCAGGCUGAGGAAGAGGCUGCACGUAAGCAGGCUGAGGAAGAGGCUGCACGUAAGCAGGCUGAGGAAGAGGCUGCACGUAAGCAGGCUGAGGAAGAGGCCGCACGCAAGCAGGCUGAGGAAGAGGCCGCACGCAAGCAGGCUGAGGAAGAGGCCGCACGCAAGCGGGCUGAGGCGGCUGCACGCAAGAAGGCAUGUGAAGAAGCUGAGCGAAAAAGGGCCGAAGAAGAGGCAGCACGCAAGCAGGCUGAGGAAGAGGCUGCACGCAAGCAGGCUGAGGAAGAGGCUGCACGCAAGCAGGCUGAGGAAGAGGACGCACGCAAGCAGGCUGAGGAAGAGGACGCACGUAAGCAGGCUGAGGAAGAGGACGCACGCACGAGGGCGGAGGUUCAGGAAGAGAAGGCUGAACUUAGCGUGAAGGACCGACGGAAGUUGGCAAAGAAGAAGAUAGAGCGUUAUCGAAAGAAGGCUGCGAUGCGUCAGUCGAAUCCCGUUACUGACAAGACUGUUGUGGCGGCUGCAGUCGCUCAAGAAGUUAUGGAUGUCCCGCUUGUGAGCGUGCAUGCUUGUGGAGCUAAUUCGGCUAGCGAUGCCUCUGCAGCCGUCCCCUCCGAGUCGAAACUCCUGGCGGAGGCCCUGGAAUUUCCGAACAGCAGCGUGACCGUAGAUCGCUUUGACGACAAUGAACUGGUUGCGCGGCGGCGCAGUACCGAUGACGCGUGGGAGAUUGGGUUGCGCUUUGAUUGGACCAUCAAAACCUUGGCGAUUGGUUCGAUGCCGUCGUUCAGUUCGACUGACCCACGGAGGCUGCACCCGUUUAUGCAACGGUACCAGUCGCGGCCGGUGUGGUUCCUUGAGGAGGUCAACGGUGCCAAAGCAAAUAAUAUCCGUGAGGUGAUGGAUGUCCUUAAAAAGAGCCUCACGGCUCGUUUUGUUUUCAGAAAAUGA